AUGAUUCGAUCAGGGAUUCGACCAGAAAUCAAGAAAAAGCGAAUUGAUCACAAGAAAACACAAUUCGCAAAGGCGACCUUUCAAGAGCAUGACUACCAACAUCGCUUGUCGCUGUACGACUUUCCGCCGACAGCAGAGAUUAGUCUCGAAGAAUUCGAGACAUGGGCAAUAGAUCGGCUAAGGGUCCUUGCUGAACUAGAAUCGUGUUCAUUCCGAAAUCGAUCACCUCAAGAGACUGCAGUGCACAUGGAGCCGUUGCUCAAGAAAUACAUGCCCCUGUCGAACAACUCUGCUGCGGUUGGUGCGCAUAUUGACCAACGGCUGAAGGAAGAACGGAAGAAGGACCACUACUCACACUGGAUCUUGCGCUUAGCUUUUUGCAGGACUGAAGACCUCCGGAGACGAUUCUCGCGUAUCGAAACGACCCUCUUUCGAAUGCGGUUCCAGCAGGACGACGGCAAAGAGAAAAGGGCAUUCAUUGACAGUCUGAACCUUCAUUGGGAAACCGUAUCUGAAGAAGAAAAGACUGAGCUUUCCGAGCACUUGCUGGCAGCGACGUCCAGUCUCAAACGAGUAGACGACGAGAACUUCUUCAAGGUCGAUUGGACUAGUAUUCCGGAUCUGAUAGAACAUCGAAGUGUCUUCGUAAGGAAAGGAAAAGCAUAUGUGCCAACACAACAACAGACAAGCCUGAUCAUUACACAAUUUACCCAAAACUUGGACAAAGCAUUAGAACUCAGCGCUCGCGCUCUACCACGCAUAGACGAGGACGACAGGCUAUCACCCAUUCUAGAACAUCUUUCGAAGAACUUUGCAACCCCGGACGCUGGUUUCCACGACGCAGACUCGUCUUUGCCAGGUGCUCCCAUUAAUGCUGCUAAUGUGGACAAUUUGUCACAACACUUCCCUCUCUGCAUGAAGAACCUGCAUACCACGCUUCGAAAGAACGAUCACCUUAAACACUUUGGCAGACUGCAAUAUACCCUCUUUUUGAAAGGCAUAGGUCUGAGCUUAGACGACUGCCUGGUAUUCUGGAGGCAAGCAUUUAAAAAGAUUGACGAUGACAAAUUCAACAAAGAGUAUCGGUACAAUGUACGACAUGUGUAUGGUGAUGUUGGAGGUGACGCAAACCGGAGAGGGCGAGGCUACUCACCCUAUUCGUGCCAAAAGAUCUUGACUGAACAUCCACCUGGUACCAAUGAAGCACACGGCUGUCCUUACCGUCAUUUCAACAUUGACAACUUGACAAGUAUGUUGCAGGCUACUGGAGUACAUGAUCGAGAAGUGCUUCGAGGAGUCAAAGAAGAUGUGGAGAAGAAGAGAUAUCACAUCGCAUGCAACAGAGUCUUCGAGUGGGCACACAAGGUUGAGAUCAAGAGGGUCAAGGACGACAAUAUAUGGGGACCUGCCGAGCUGGAUACCAUUGUACAUCCGAACACGUACUUCAAAAGAUCAUAUCUCCUGAAAAAUCUCAACUCUGUGCCGAAACAGGAUGUCAAGAUGGAAGACUCGUGA